GAGCGCGCUGGCUGGCGGAACCCGCUGGGGGCGCAGCGCGCGGGGCUCGGAGACGCGGGCGCGGCCUGUGAGCACCCAGACGCUCCGGGGACGUGGGCAGUCGCCGGCCUGCCACAAAGUUUCCUAGAAGUUUGCUGGGUGAGGCCGCGGGGCCACUGGGGUGACCAUGAACGUGUUCCGAAUCCUGGGCGACUUGAGCCACCUCCUGGCCAUGAUCUUGCUCCUGGGGAAGAUCUGGAGGUCCAAGUGCUGCGCAGGCAUCUCUGGGAAAAGCCAGAUCCUCUUUGCUCUGGUCUUCACCACCAGGUACCUGGACCUCUUCACCAACUUCAUCUCCAUCUACAACUCAGUUAUGAAGGUGGUUUUCCUCCUCUGUGCCUAUCUCACAGUAUACAUGAUCUAUGGGAAAUUUCGGAAAACAUUUGACAGUGAGAAUGACACGUUCCGCCUGGAGUUUCUCCUGGUCCCAGUUAUUGGCCUCUCCUUCCUUGAGAACUACAAUUUCACCCCCCUGGAGAUCCUCUGGACUUUCUCCAUCUACCUGGAAUCCGUGGCCAUCCUGCCUCAGCUCUUCAUGAUCAGCAAGACUGGAGAGGCCGAGACCAUUACUACUCACUACCUGUUCUUUCUGGGCUUGUACCGGGCACUCUACUUAGCUAACUGGAUCCGCCGGUAUCAGACAGAGAAUUUCUACGACCAAAUUGCAGUGGUGUCUGGAGUAGUCCAAACCAUCUUCUAUUGUGACUUCUUCUACUUGUACAUUACCAAAGUCCUUAAAGGAAAGAAGUUAAGUCUUCCAAUGCCAAUUUGAGGGCUCUCAGUGAUGUCCUACACCUCAACA